CCGGAAAGAAGAAGAAGAAGAAGAAGAGUAGGAAGCGAACGAUAAGUGAAACAGAGGAGACAAGCUGUGCAGGCUCAGUCGAUAAGAUUUUGUGACUAAAAACACCGAGGACCAUGCUGAGGGCUUGUCUGAGAGGAGCUAAUGCUACAGCCUGGAAGAGCUGUGGGAGAACCCCUCUAAACAAUCUGCAGCACUGCCGGCAUUACACAGCAGGAGAUGGUACUGCUAAAGUGGUUGCUGCUGGCUUGGUGACUGUAGGUGGUGGCAUUGGAGGUACAAUACUUUACGCCAAAUGGGACCACAAGUUCAGGGCAGCCAUAGAGAACAAUGUUCCAUACUCCGACUGGCUGUUGGGUCUGGCUUUGGGACCUAAAGCACAGGAUGGCAGCCUCCCAUUCAAGAAACAGAUGGAGAUGGCCCAGACACCCUCUAUGAUGGAAAAAGAGGUGAAGACAUCCAAAGCCAAGUCAGAGAAGAAGUUGAAGGAGGCAGCAGAGACGAGUCCUCUCCCAACACAACCGGCACAGAGCAUAGAGGAGGCUUCAGCAGAGGCAACUCAUAUCAUCUCCGCCAUCAGUGAGGUCCCAUCAAUCCCUGCUCCAUGUGACACAGAGGUAGCAGCAGUAAAAGAGGAGUGCAAGGAUUGCCAUGACCAUCAGGAUACCCCAGAGACAGCGGUUUACACUGACACAGAGUCACCUGCAGCAUCAGAACCAAUGAGAGAGCGUCCAGGGGAAGAAGUGGCCGCUAUACUGGCUCAACAGGACAAGGACGAGCAGGAAAUUGUUGCAUCUGUAUCAGCUAGUCUCGAAGACUCAAUGGCUAGCUCAGCUAAAGCAACCCUGCAGGCCAUUGGAGCUCAGGAGGCAGCCCUACAGACCAUCAUACAGCACACACACAAACUGAAGGAGGCUAUGGAAGCAGAGGUUCCACCUCAGGAGAAGUCAGCCCAGUGGAAGGAUCUAGAAGCUGCUCUUGCUGAUAGAACUUGUGCUGCGAAUGAUGCUGGAACUGCUCUGUUGAAAGCAAAUGAAGCUUUGGACAGUCUCAAGUCUGUGAUUGACAAGUCUAAAGGGCUGAAGGUCACUGCUGUUCGCCCACUGGUUUUAGCAGCUGAGGAGAAUCUCCAUAAAAUGAUGGUGGACUUGGAUAAGGUGGUCACUAAGGUGCAGUCUUCAGAGUCAGAAGCCAAGAUUGUCUCCCAGUACAGUGAACUGGUUAAUGAAGCCAAACAUCAAUUUCAGAGGGAAGUGAGCAGCCUUACUCCAGAGAUCCAGGCCAACUGGAAGGGACUCACUGGGAAACUGUCAGCAGACGACUUGAAUGCCCUGAUUGCCCAUGCACACCGUCGCAUUGAUCAGCUGAAUCAGGAGCUGGCAGAACAGAGAGUCAGAGAGCAGAUCCACAUUGACACGGCACUGGUGCAGCAGAAGUUGGAGGACCAGAAAGCCCUGGAGAAAGCCGUCAACACCACCCUGCAGCAUGUCAAGGAGGAGGCCCGGCUGGAGCAGGAGCAGAAGCUGUCUGAGUUAAGGGAAGUGAUGGAGGCAGAGAUGAGGACCCAGCUCCGGAGACAGGCAGCUGCUCACACAGACCAUGUCCAAGAUGUCCUCAAAGUCCAGGAGCAGGAAAUGAAAGCUGAAGCUGACCAGGUCCUCAGCAGUAAGAUGCUGGAACAGGAGACCCAUUACCGUCAUUUGAGCCAGGAACAGCUUGAUAACUUCACUCUGGAUAUGAACACUGCCUUUGCAAGACUGAAGGGGAUGGAUGAGGCCAUAGACAGCCAUGUGGUAGCAGAGGAGGAGGCCCGUAAAGCUCACCAGCUCUGGCUCUCUGUGGAGGCACUCUGCUACACUCUAAAGACUGCUGAUGCUGAAUUGCCCACUGUACCUCUUGACGGCGCUGCUCAGGUCGUGCGAAACAGCUGCCAUGAGAAUGAGUUUGCCUUGGCAUUGGCAUCAGCUCUUCCAGAAGAAUCCCUUCAGCGAGGUGUAUACAGUGAGUCUGCUCUCCGCGCCCGCUUCAACUCCUUGCGAUCACUGGCCCGCCAGGUCGCACUCAUCGAUGAAUCUCAUAACUCCUUGUACCACUAUUUCUUGUCCUACCUUCAAGCUGCACUCCUGUUUGAGGCUAAACAGGAAGCCCCGCCUGCCCAGCUGAGUAGUGAGAAUUUAGAUUCUUUCAAGCUUCUGUCAUAUGCAAGUUACUGCUUAGAGCAUGGAGAUCUUGAGUUGGCAGCUAAACUGGUGAACCAGUUGAGAGGUGAGGCUAGGAGAGUGGUGGAGGACUGGCUGACUGAAGCCAGACUCACACUGGAAACCAGGCAGGUAAUCAGUUUGCUCUCUGCCUAUGCAAAUGCUGUGGGGUUAGGAACCACCCAGGCUCCAUAGGCUGCCACUCUUACUGAACCUUUCAAUCUUUAAAGGUGCAUUUCACUGAAACUCUGUCUUUAGAGGAUCAAGUAGUUGCCCACUGUAGACUUGAGAGAUUUUCAGUGGUGUAUUCCUUUAAUCGAUGGAUGUUAAAAUACAGCAUAGGUUCAUUGGUUUUAAAGCACUAAGUCACUAUGGAUGAUUUAUUGUGUUAUAUAAUUGCUACACCCUCUUAGUCAAAUAGUCUUGCCAGUUCAGGCCCACAGGUAUACAUUUCUGGAUAAUUGCUUGGUGUCUCAUGAAACCUAAAGAAUGUGUCGAGCUGCAUUUCAUUUUUCUCACCCCUGCAAAUGUUACAAUAAAUCUUGAUUAAGA